AUGCGCGGUGCGGGUCCGCUUAACGUGGGGAACAUUUGGCGAAAGCUUCAAUCGGUCAAGUUCAGCCGGAAGUGCUUCAUGGCGGCGCUCAGCUCCGUCGCCAAGAACCUGGGGACAUAUAUGCCCAUAGGCACGACCACUGUCUACAGCGUGCUGGUUCCACUGGUUUUCUCAAAUGAGACAGGAGCCAUCGACUCCGUAUGCAACUUUGACAAGGUUCCCGUUGCUGCAAGCACCAGAGGGCUGCUCAGCCUGAUUAUUGCGGUCCUGGGAGUGAUUUGCAUGUUAGCUCCGUUCGUGGUCUUCAACUACGGUGCUGACCCCGCAUACUCCUUCCUCCUCUGGCAAAGGACAACAACGCAGUUAAGUGCGGAGGCUGCCCGCAAUGAAGCCAACAUUGCCCUAGAACAGGCUUUAAAAGACUGGGACAAGUACACAGAGGCUGUAGGCGCCUUCAAUUCGGAAGUGAAUGCCCUGGAGGCGGGGUCGACGUUACAGGAGCCCUUCAGCACCAAGAGGGAAGCGGUCCAUGACUUGAAAAUAAUAGCGGAAGCAAGUCGGAAGGCCGCAGACCGCGCGCAGGAGCGGGCUAACACCGCACGCACCGGCCAAGUCUCGCGGAGUGCGGUCCACUACGCCCGCUCGGCUCUGAGCAUCACGGCGUUUCUGACGUUUGCGCUCCUGUCGCCGUCGAGUACCAGCUGCCUCUUCAAGGGGAAGAUCCCCGACAGCGUCGUGCGCGUGCUGCCCAUUGUAGUUGGCGUCGUCCUGGCGGUCGUCGCGGGGUUCCUGCCGGCGCCCAAACCGGGCGAGGCGUGGCCGUUCGACGCCCCGUCCCAGGGGACUACGGCCCUGCCGCUGGUGAUCGCGGCCGAGCUCAAGAAGCAGAAGGAAGACGCGCUGAAGCAGAUCCAAGAAGCCGCGGACGCCGCGACGCAGUCGAGGACUGCUCCUCCUCAGACGGCGGAGCCUGCUGCCACAGCUCCCGCGACUGAGCCGGAGCGGCCUAAUCCAUCGCGCUCGCAGUCGGAGCUGCCUGAUCCAUCGCGCCAUCCGUCGGAGCUGCCUGCUCCCCCGCGCCCUCAGUCGAACACUGCCACUCGCGCGACUGAGGAGAGUGGUACUCACGUGAUGAAUAACCAUUUGAGUGCUUAA